CAAGUACAUUCAAGCCUUCUUCAUUCAAAAAAAAAAAUGGUAACCAUUGUGGGUUCUUACAAUGUCACUCCAAAUCAACCAACUCCAAAGGAUCCUUUAUGGCUAUCCAAUAGUGACCUAAUCGGGUUCCAAGGUUAUGUACCCACUCUUUACGUUUACAAAGCAAAACCCAAUUAUAGCAACAACAUAAUUGAGAGGUUGAGAAACUCUCUUAGCAAGCUUUUGGUGUACUACUAUCCUGUUGCUGGCAGAUUGAGCUUGACAAAAAGUGGUCGAAUGGAAGUGGAUUGUAACGCUAAGGGAGUGACAUUGAUUGAAGCAGAAACCACAAACACAUUUGCUGAUUAUGGAGACUUUACUACACCUUCAGAGUCCACAGAUGAACUUGUUCCAAAAAUUGAUUCUACUCAACCUAUAGAGGAGACUCCAAUACUGGUAGUGCAAUUAACAAGGUUCCGUGGUGGUGAUGAAGGCCUUGCCGUUGGAUUUGGUAUGUUUCAUUCUUUGACUGAUGCAACCGGCAUCAUUCACUUCAUGAACAGAUGGGCAAAGCUGGCUAGAGGGGAAGAACUAAACCCUAAUGAAAUUCCGUUUCUCGAUCGAACAAUACUCCAAUUAUUUUCAUCAUCAUCGCAACACGUGGAUCAACCGGAGUGGAAGCCUAUAACACAAGCACAAGGAGUAGAGCAAAAGCAAAGAAGUUGUUCUUUGUUAAAACUCACAUCAAGCCAAGUGGAGAGGCUAAAGAAGAAGACUAAUGAUGAAAGUCCAAAAGAAUUAGGGGUAAGACCUUAUAGCAGAUUUGAAGCUAUUGCUGCUCAUAUAUGGAGAUGUGCAUCUAAGGCUCGUGCUGAAUAUUCAAAUUCAAAUCACCCAACUAUAGUUCGGUUUAGUGUUAAUAUUCGUAAUAGGUUAUUGACUCCACCUAUCCCUGAGAGUUAUUUUGGGAAUGCUUUGGCAAGAACAACGACACCUAAAUGCUAUGAGGGAGAUAUCAUAUCGAACCCUUUAAGUUUUGCUGCUCAAAAGUUAAGGGAAGCAGUAAAUCCGAUUACGGGUGAGUAUAUAAAGUCACAAUUAAGUGUUGGUUUAGGGCAAGAGCAAUUGGAUCACAUAAGGGCUUUUUUCAUGAGACAAGAACACGGUAUGAAAACACCCUAUAUUGCUGGGGAACAUAACAACGUUAUUCUCCUUACAAGCUUGAUGACCAUGCCAGUGUAUGAAGCAGAUUUUGGUUGGGGAAAGCCUAUGCAAUUUGGUUUACCACGUGGGUCUCUAGAUGAUAGGGUAGGAAUUCUUCCAAGCCCAGAUGGAGAUGGUGUUGUUGUCAACGUGUUUUUCCAGGAAGCAAUUCUGCAGCGUUUCAAAAAGUUGUUCUACGAGGAUGUGUAUAUAUCCUCAUUGUAGCAGAUACAUAUGCAGAUUAUUUGUUGUUGUGUUUUUUAAUAUUUCAAAGCCUGUUGUUAAUCUCCUUGUCUUUAGGAGUUUGAUAAUGUUCAAAAAAUAAAUAAACAAACUAAGUGAUGUUUGACUGUGGCUUGACUAGAAAACAUGAUCUUAGAGCUAGCUAGCUGGUGAUGAAUUAUUGUUUUUCAGGUCUUAACAUGUACGUUUUUUAAUUCAAUGAAAUGUAAUAUCUCUCUCUUCUUUCA